GUCGCGGCGCCGUCGAGUGGCGGGAAACGCUGUUUGAAGCAGGAUGGAGUUCAAGCGGCGGCCAGCCUCCGAUCUUGGGGGUCCCCAGAAGCGGGCCCGCGGGGGCUUAUGGGAUGACGAUGAGGGGCCGCGGCCUUCACAGUUCGAGGCUGAACUGGCUCUGAUGGAGGAACUGGAGGCUGAGCGGCGGCUGCAGGAACAGGAGGAUGAGAUGCUGCAGUCGGCCCCUGACAAUGCCGAUGGUCCCUUCUCCCCGUCUGCCAUUGACUCCCGCUGGCUCCGGCCCACCCCACGCCCCCUGGACCCCCAGCUGGAGCCCCUCAUCUUCCAGCAGCUGGAGAUUGACCAUUAUGUAGGUGCUGCCCAGCCAGUACCCGGGGCGCCCCCGGCUUCUCAGGACUCAGUGCCCGUGCUCCGCGCCUUUGGGGUCACAGACGAGGGCGUAUCCAUCUGCUGCCACAUCCAUGGCUUCGCACCCUACUUCUACACGCCGGCGCCUCCCGGUUUUGGGCCUGAGCACCUGGCAGAGCUGCAGCGGGAGCUGAACGCGGCCGUGAUCCGGGACCAGCGGCGCGGGAAGGAGCUGAAGGGGCCGGCAGUGCUGGGCGUGGAGCUCUGCCAGCGGGAGAGCAUGUUUGGGUACCACGGGCAUGGCCCGGCCCCAUUCCUGCGCAUCACCCUGGCCCUGCCGCGCCUUGUGGCCCCAGCCCGCCGCCUGUUGGAGCAGGGCAUCCGUGUGGGGGUGCUGGGCACCGUCAGCCUCGCCCCCUACGAGGCCAACGUGGACUUUGAGAUCCGGUUCAUGGUGGACACGGACAUCGUGGGCUGCAACUGGCUGGAGUUGCCUGCGGGGAAAUAUAUCCUGAGAACGGAGGGGAAGGCAACAUCGUGCCAGCUGGAGGCCGACGUGCUGUGGUCCCAUGUGGUCAGCCACCCACCAGAGGGCCAGUGGCAGCGCAUUGCUCCUCUGCGAGUGCUCAGCUUUGACAUUGAGUGUGCCGGGCGCAAAGGCAUCUUCCCCGAGCCCGAGCGGGAUCCCGUUAUCCAGAUCUGCUCGCUGGGCCUGCGCUGGGGCGAACCCGAGCCCUUCCUGCGCCUGGCACUCACACUGCAGUCCUGCGCCCCCAUCCUGGGCGCUCGGGUCCAGAGCUACGAGCGGGAAGAGGAGCUACUGCAGGCCUGGUCCAACUUCAUCCGUGCCCUAGACCCCGAUGUGAUCACCGGCUACAACAUCCAGAACUUUGACCUCCCCUACCUCAUCUCUCGGGCCGAGACCCUCAAGGUAACCCGUUUCCCCUUCCUGGGCCGUGUGACCAACCUUCGCUCCAACAUCCGGGACUCGUCGUUCCAGUCGAAGCAGACAGGCCGGCGGGACAGCAAAGUGGUCAGCAUGGUGGGCCGCGUACAGAUGGACAUGCUGCAGGUGCUCCUGCGGGAGCACAAGCUCCGCUCCUACACGCUCAACGCUGUCAGCUUCCACUUCCUGGGCGAGCAGAAGGAGGAUGUGCAACACAGCAUCAUCACUGACCUGCAGAACGGGAAUGCACAGACACGGCGCCGCCUGGCCGUCUACUGCCUCAAGGACGCCUUCCUGCCACUUCGCCUGCUGGAGCGGCUCAUGGUGCUGGUGAAUGCGGUGGAGAUGGCGCGCGUCACUGGCGUGCCCCUGGGCUACCUGCUCAGCCGCGGGCAGCAGGUCAAGGUGGUGUCACAGCUGCUGCGGCAGGCCAUGCGCCAAGGGCUGCUGAUGCCCGUGGUGAAGACGGACGGUGGCGAAGACUACACGGGUGCCACCGUCAUUGAGCCCCUCAAAGGGUACUACGACGUGCCCAUUGCCACCCUGGACUUUUCGUCACUGUACCCGUCCAUUAUGAUGGCGCACAACCUCUGCUACACCACCCUGCUGCGGCCUGGCGCUGCCCAGAAGCUGGGCCUGACAGACGAGCAGUUCAUCCGAACACCCACCGGGGACGAGUUUGUGAAGGCGUCCGUGCGCAAGGGGCUGCUCCCCCAGAUCCUGGAGAACCUGCUCAGCGCCCGCAAGAGGGCCAAGGCUGAGCUGGCAAAAGAGAAGGACCCCCUGCGUCGCCAGGUGCUGGACGGGAGACAGCUGGCGCUGAAAGUGAGCGCCAACUCCGUGUACGGAUUCACGGGUGCCCAAGUGGGCCGGCUGCCCUGCCUGGAGAUCUCACAGAGCGUCACUGGCUUCGGGCGCCAGAUGAUCGAGAAGACGAAGCAGCUGGUGGAGACCAAGUACACGCGGGAAAACGGCUACUGUGCAGAUGCCAAGGUGGUGUACGGGGACACCGACUCCGUCAUGUGCCGCUUCGGCGUCUCCUCAGUGGCAGAGGCCAUGGCUCUGGGCCGCGAGGCCGCAGACUGGGUGUCCGGACACUUCCCACCACCCAUCCGGCUGGAGUUUGAGAAGGUCUACUUCCCGUACCUGCUCAUCAGCAAGAAGCGCUACGCAGGGCUCCUCUUCUCCUCGAGGCCUGACGCCCACGACCGAAUGGACUGCAAAGGCCUGGAGGCCGUGCGCAGGGACAACUGUCCCCUGGUGGCCAACCUGGUCACCGCCUCGCUGCGCCGCCUGCUCAUUGACAGGGACCCCGCGGGCGCCGUGGCCCACGCUCAGGAUGUCAUCUCGGACCUGCUGUGCAACCGCAUCGACAUCUCCCAGCUGGUCAUCACCAAAGAGCUGACCCGGGCGGCCGCCGACUACGCGGGCAAGCAGGCCCAUGUGGAGCUGGCCGAGAGGAUGAGGAAGCGGGACCCCGGGAGCGCCCCCAGCCUGGGCGACCGGGUCCCCUACGUGAUUAUCGGUGCCGCCAAGGGUGUGGCCGCCUACAUGAAGUCCGAGGACCCUCUUUUCGUGCUGGAGCACAGCCUGCCCAUCGACACGCAGUAUUACCUCGAGCAGCAGCUGGCCAAGCCGCUCCUGCGCAUCUUUGAGCCCAUCCUGGGUGAAGGCCGCGCCGAGGCCGUACUGCUGCGCGGGGACCACACGCGAUGCAAGACGGUGCUCACGGGCAAGGUGGGCGGCCUGCUGGCCUUUGCCCAGCGCCGCAGCUGCUGCAUCGGCUGCCGCACGGUCCUGAACCACCAGGGCGCCGUGUGCCGCUUCUGCCAGCCCCGGGAGUCGGAACUGUACCAGAAGGAGGUGUCUCACCUGAACGCCCUGGAGGAGCGCUUUUCGCGCCUCUGGACCCAGUGCCAGCGCUGCCAGGGCAGCCUGCACGAGGACGUCAUCUGCACCAGCCGCGACUGCCCCAUCUUCUACAUGCGCAAGAAGGUCCGCAAGGACCUGGAGGACCAGGACCGGCUGCUGCGGCGCUUUGGGCCUCCAGGACCCGAGGCCUGGUGACCACUGGCCUGUCCCCACUCCGGCUGGGCUGUGAGGACCA